CUCUCUUCAAUGAAUUCAAUCCUGUGCUUUCCCUCAUCACCUCAUAUGCUUUCUUCUCAUUCCAAACAUUUUCUGCUUCUCCUUUCUCUGUUCUUUCUCUGUUCUUUCUCCUCAUUGGGUAGCUUUAGAAGAUGCUGCAGCUUCUGAGUUUUGUGUUAUUAGGAGGAAUCUUCCUCUGUAGUCUUAUAAAUCCUCUCAUCUUCUCUGUUCCUCCUGAGAAGUUUCUUGUUUGGCUUCGAUCUUUGUUUCUCACUAUUUCAUCUACCAUGACCACCACCACAACUAUUUCAACUUCCAUCACCGAAGCUUCAACGAAAGGAGAGAAUAAGGAUAAGAAGAACAAAACCCAUGGUCAAGACAAAUUGGAGUUGGAGAGGGUUUUUGCUACUUUCGACAAGAACGGAGAUGGAUUCAUAACGAAACAAGAAUUAGGGGAGUCCUUAAAGAAUAUGGGUCUCUUCACUACAGAGGAAGAAGUAGAAGGCAUGGUUGCAGAUUUGGAUUCUAAUGGUGAUGGGCUCAUCGAUCUUGAUGAGUUCUGUGAAUUGUAUGAUUCGUUGGAGAGGAAUCGAGGAAGGAAGGAUGAUGAGGAAGAGGAAGAAGGGGGAAAUGAUGAUAGGGAGAGGGAUUUGAGAGAAGCGUUUGAUGUGUUCGAUGGGAAUGGAGAUGGAAUGAUUACGGUGGAGGAGUUGGGAUUGGUGUUGUCGUCGAUGGGAUUGAAGGAAGGGAUUGGGAUUCAGGAUUGUAGAGAGAUGAUUAAGAUGGUUGAUAUGGAUGGAGAUGGUAAGGUUAAUUUUGAUGAGUUCAAGAUGAUGAUGAUGAAGAAGCCCAUUUCACCUGCAACUGAUCAAGCAAGCCUUACUGCCUCUUCUUAAUUCCAAUCCAAA